AUGAGUAACAAUAAUUACCCACCUCCUCCAAACCCCCCUAAUUACCAAGGGCAGGAACAGGUGCACAAUGUUCAACUAGACUUGGAAAACAACCAGGAGAAAUAUUAUGCAGAACAACCACAACCAUCACAACAAUUUGAGGACUCAUUUAAGAUUGAUAAGCCUAAAUGGAACGAUUGGCCUUUUGCUGUAUUCUUUUUGUUGACUGUGGCCGGAUUUAUUGCCAUUGCUGGGAUUACUUUGAAUGCAUUGAAGAAGACCUAUGGGUUGCAGGGGUCAUCAAUUUACAAUUCCGCUAACACAUUUACUUUGAACACUAAUACAAUUAUUUUGUUCGGAUUCAUUAUCGUUGUUGGUGUUGUUUUGUCGGCAUUGAUUAUUGUGUAUGCCAGAAUGGCACCAAGGAUUUUCAUUACCACCGGGUUAAUUUUGAAUAUUAUUCUUGGAUUGGGUACAUGUAUCUACUAUUUUGUGUCCCAUUACUACUCUGCUGCCAUUGUGUUCUUAGUGUUUACGUUGUUUACGGCCUGGUGCUACUGGUCUUGUAGACAUAGAAUUCCUUUCAGUGCUACAGUAUUGGAAAUUACUAUUGAUGUGAUGAGACGUUACCCAUCGACUUUGAUAACGUCACUCAUUGGUAUCAUUGUGUCGGGAUUAUUCAGUACGUUGUUUUCGGUAGUAAUUGUCGCUACAUACGUCAAAUACGACCCAGACUCAGAAGGAUGUAGUGUAGCUGGAGGAGGAUGUACCAAGUCCAAAUUGAUUGGUGUAUUGGUAUUUGUAUUUUUCGCCGGUUAUUACAUUUCUGAAGUUAUCAGGAACAUUAUUCACGUAUGUAUUGCAGGUAUCUACGGUACUUGGUACUAUUUGGCCAAUUCUGACCAGGGUGAACCUAAGCACCCAGCUUUGGGAGCAUUCAAGAGAGCAAUGACUUAUUGUUUUGGCUCAAUUUGUUUUGGUUCAUUAAUCGUGUCUUUAAUUCAAUUGUUAAGAUCAUUUAUUCAAAUUUUGAAGCAAAACGCUUUUGGCUCUGGGGACUACUGUGCUGGAUGCGGUUUCUUGAUUUUGGAUUUUAUUAUUGGCAUCAUUGACUGGAUGGUCCGUUAUUUCAACCAUUAUGCUUACUGUUACGUUGCGUUAUAUGGUAAAUCUUACAUUAGAUCUGCUAGAGAUACUUUUGACUUGAUAAGAUUCAAGGGUAUGGACGCAUUGAUCAACGAUUGUUUUAUCAACACUUCAUUGAGUUUAUACUCCUUGUUUGUCGGUUAUAUUGUUGCUUUACUCGCAUAUUUCUACUUGAAGUUCACGGACCCAUCUUACAACUCUGACGGUACUUUCUAUGCCCCAGUUGUCGCCUUCUCUUUCUUAAUUUCGGGUCAAAUUACUCGUAUUGCUUUAACUGUUAUCGAAUCUGGUGUCUCGACUUUCUUUGUUGCCUUAGCUAAGGAUCCAGAAGUAUUCCAGAUGACCAAUAGAGACAGAUUUGAUGAAGUUUUCAGAAACUACCCACAAGUGUUACAAAAAAUUACUUCAGAUCACUAA